GAAGGAAUGGAAGAUUCGGGGAACAGCGAAAGAGCAAGACCUUUACCCUUGAGUCGUAAGGUGGACUCGGAAUCAUAUUGGCAGGUGAGGGUACAACCCCUGUCACGCUUCAAGUAUUCACGUAUCCUCAAACCGUCCCUCCACGAACGAUCUAUCAUCACUUAUAUCAAUGCCUAAACCCCUUCCUGCUGGCAACUGGCUGGGCUACAGCCUCAACAUGACAACUGCUUCCCCUGUAGACAUGCAAUCGGUCAUGAACGCAGUUCUUAAGGGCCGCCGAAUUCUCAAGCAGAAGGAACCGCAGACGCACGUCGUCGAGCAUGGCGGGGUUGAAUAUACGGCGGACGCGUGCAUUGUACUCAGUGACUACGGUAGAACCACCAAGAACUUUAUCUCCUUCAAAUCGGGCACCGAAGCAUACAGUCAAUUCGCGGUAGAUGCGUCCAUGUCAGCUCGCUAUCUCGCCGUAAGCGCGGGUGCUUCUGCAUCCUAUUCCCUCGAAAAGACCUUCAAGCACCAGGAUCAAUGGGCGUUCUACAACCUCACCGCCGAUACAUAUAUGGCUGAAAUGAUAGAGUAUGCUGAUCUACUUAAUGGGGCUAAGCUCCAGGAGCGGCUGGAUUCAAUGCCUGCGUUCAACGGGGGGAAUCAGGAAAUUGUCCAGGAAUGGAAGGAUUUCUUUGCCUCGUUCGGCUCACACGUCAUCGUGAAGGCUAGCUACGGAGCCAUGUUUCAGUUGAGCGUUUGGGCUUCGAACACCGAGCAAAGCGUCAACGAGAAGUUCUCCACCAAUAUCACUGCCAAGUACGAGGGUAUCACGUUUGGUGGGCAAUUCGAUGCCUCGGUGAAGAACGAGACACAAUACAAGACGUUCUCCGAAUUUAUGCAGGAGACGGUCUCCAUCGUCGGGGGCAACCCCCAACUGAACAGGGCUGUCGCGGACAAAGCCACUGACUAUGAACAAUACAAGAAAUGGCUUGGCACUAUCGAUGAAGAUUCAGCCCUGUCAUCUUUCACCACUGUUGAGCUUUGGAUUUUGAUGAAGGAUGCGAGUACGGAACCACUGAGGAAGUUCUCCAACAUGGUCCACAACGCAUAUAACUACAUCACCACGCACCCCCAGCUCUACGAGACUGAGGUCAUACUCGAUAUUGAGAGUGACUGGGCCGAGUUCAGUUUGCUGUCGCCUAGUGCUACCAUCGCCAAGCAUCGCACCAUUGCUUUGCCCGCAUACACCGAUUUCACGUCCAUGACACGCAUCAUGUGGGGAAAAGAGCACAGUCACAAAUACCAAAGACAAAAACUUUAUUUCUAUGUUGUCAAUGAUGGCUCCCCAAUCGAUUUUUCUGUCUCACAUGGGUCGAGUGGUGGCUCGAGUGGCAAAGGGCGGGCAACCGUCAUCAUAAAUGAGCAUUAUGUUGCCGAUAAAAUAACUGAUAACAACUGGAACACCCAAAAGUUCUACCAGAAACCGGUAACCCGCAAGGCUCGCGAUGGUGGUAUCGUGAGAUCCGACAAACCGCGCUCCUGGAAUGACGUGCUCGAUGAAUACCUCAAAGAGAGAGGUGAACAGGUCCCCACAGUCGCAUCUGCUGAAUCGGCAGUAGAAGGCAACGAAACGUGAAUUGUGGUCCUUCAUACCCUGUCGUUGUCGUUACUCGUUGUAAUGGUUUUCUCCCCUGACUGUAAGCUUGCGAAACGUGUUCUUCUGUACUACAAUUAUGUACGUCUCACAAAUCAAUAACUCUGUCCUCCAUGGUCCCGAGUCC